GCUUCAGAAGCCGCCUGCCUCGACUCGUGUCCGGCCGCAGAGCAGCGCUGGUCCCGCUGGAGGUCCGGAGGUCCGUCCGGGAGUCUUUCCGGAGUCUGUCAGGUACCGCCGGUCCACCGGGACUGUGAGAGGAGCUUCUGCUGGUUCAGGGUGAUGAUCUGACCUGCAGCUGUCCAGAUGGAGGACCUGUGGAGCGUCGCUGCAGCUGUUUUCCAGCUGUGGAUGUUCGUGGUCGUCUUCCUCAUCAUGCUGCCCGCCAUGUUCGGCCUGUCUCUGGGCGUCACCGGCGUCUACAUCCAGGUCCUCGUCAAAAUCCUGGAGUGGGCGACGGUCCGGAUCCAGAGAGGACGACAGGAGCAGCCCAGCGUACCUGUACCGCUGCCCACAGGGAUCAUCGAGCGGGCCGGCGGCUCCAUGCAGGAGGUUCUGGGGCAGCAGUUUUCUCUGAGCGACGUCUUGUUCUUCUGUAAGAAAGGUCUGGAGAGCAUCGUGGAUGACCAGGUGACGCAGCGCUUCUCCUCCGAGGAACUGGCCUCCUGGAACCUGCUGACCAGAACCAACCAGAACUUCCGCUACAUCAGCCUCCGGCUCACCGUCAUCUGGGGCGUCGGCGUCUUCGUCCGCUACGGCGUCCUCUUCCCCUCAGGUCAGAUCCACUUCCUGUUCACUCUGGCCAUCAUCGGUCUGUCCUGGCUGGUCAUUGGAACCACGCUGGUUGGAUUUCUGCCUGACAGCAGUGUGAAGAACUGGCUGAGUGAACUGGUCCAUCUGACCUGCUACCGGAUCUGUGCCAGAGGACUGUCGGCCACCAUUCACUACCACAACAAGGAGAACCGGCCUCAGAAAGGAGGCAUCUGCGUGGCCAACCACACCACCCCCAUCGACGUGGUCAUCCUGGCCAACGACGGCUGCUACGCCAUGGUGGGGCAGGUUCAUGGAGGGCUGCUGGGCGUCAUCCAGAGGUCCAUGGUCCGGUCCUGUCCUCACGUCUGGUUUGAGAGGUCCGAGAUGAAGGACCGACACGCCGUCACCAGCAGACUCAGAGCUCAUGUUGCUGCUAAAACCAAACUUCCAAUUCUGAUCUUUCCUGAAGGAACCUGCAUCAACAACACGUCCGUCAUGAUGUUCAAGAAGGGAAGCUUUGAGAUCGGAGGGACCAUUUAUCCUGUCGCCAUCAAGUAUGAUCCUCGCUUUGGAGACGCCUUCUGGAACAGCAGCAAGUUCAACAUGGUCAGCUACCUGCUGAGGAUGAUGACCAGCUGGGCCAUCGUGGUCAACGUGUGGUACCUGCCGCCCAUGACCCUCCAGGAUGGAGAAGAUGCAGCUCAGUUCGCCAACAGAGUGAAAUCUGCCAUCGCUCAUCAGGGAGGACUGCUGGACCUGGCCUGGGACGGAGGCCUGAAGAGAGGGAAGGUGAAGGAUUCGUUCAAAGAGGAGCAGCAGAAGAUGUACAGCAGCCUCAUCAUGGGACAAAACGGGAUCGAUAACCUAUAAUCAAUCAUCUAUAAUGAUCUGUCCUGGAUCUGUCCUGUUCUUCUUCCUGUUUCUACCAGAUUAAAGCUGAUAAGUGCAGCAGCGGGUUUCCACCAGCAGGAGGCAGCAGGACUCCAUAAACCCGCUGCUCUUCUUCUUCUGCUUCAUUCACAGUCAAACUUUAUUUUCCUGCAGCUGCAGGAAUCAAGAAGCAGAACAUGAAUCUUUAACUUGAUUUCUCUCCAGGAUUCUUCAGGUCUGAAUGUUUUCUGUCGUCUUUAGUCUGAUUUUAGUAAAACAUCAGAUUAUUUUUAUACAUUUUCAGCUUUAAUUAAAUGUUUUUUCUCUCAUAAAUCUCAGAGAACAUCCAAAGUUUGUCUCUUUUUUUUUCUCAUAUUUUUGUCAGAGUUGUUCCUCUAAAUUUGUGGCCAAAACAGAGAAAAUAUCAAACUUUUUAGACUGAAAAUGUGACUUUAAUCCCAGAGAACUUCGAUUUUAUUUCCUCCUAUAAAACUGUGACUUUAAUCUCAGAAAAACUCAGAUUGUUUUUAUGUGAUUUUUUCAGUUUCAUUAAAAAAUCUAAAUUUCAAACUCAGAGAAUUUAUUUCUCAUAAAUGUGUGAGUUAAACAUCCAGAUUUUCUCCUACAUUCAGACAUUAUUCACAGAGAACUGAGGUUUAUUUUCUUAAUUAAUUUGUGGCUUUAAAAAACAAUCAAGUUUUUCUUCACUAAAUUGUUCUUUUCUUCUCAGAGAAUUUAGAUUUUAUUUCCUCUAUAAAACUGUGACUUUAACCUCAGAAAACAUCUGAUUGUUUUUAUGUCAAUUUCUCAGUUUAAUUUUUGAAAAUGUUUAUUUUUUUCCAUAAAUGUCCAACUUUAACCUCAGAGAAUUUCCUUUCUUGUAAAUUUGGGACUAAAAUCAAAAAUAGAAAUGCUCAAUUUCUCUCCUACAUUCUGACAUUUUUCAUUUUUAUUUUUCCAGUACAUUUGUGGCUUUAAAACAAAGUUUUUUUUUGUCUCCAAUCUCAGAGAACAUCUGAGUUUCUUCCGUUCCUCGUCUUCUUUUAAAGAUCAACAGUUUUUCUUUCAUUCCAGUAUUUUUCCUCCAGCUGGUGUCCAACCCGUGGCUCCAGGCCUUCUGAGGGCUGCAAACGCUGGAAAUAGUUUCACCUGUUUUCAGUUUGUAGAAGAAAAAUAAAAACAUCUGAAGAGCAAA